GCCCCUGCGGCCGUCGAGCACCUCAAUAUCAAGGUUACAGACAACAAUAACGAAGUUUUCUUCAAGAUUAAGCGUUCGACUCAGUUGAAGAAGCUUAUGGAUGCGUUCUGCGAGCGCCAGGGAAAGCAGGUGUCGACUGUCCGUUUCCUUUUCGAUGGUACACGAGUGCGCCCAGAGGACACCCCAGACACACUCGAGAUGGCCGAUGGCGAUACCCUCGAAGUUCACCAAGAGCAGAUUGGGGGUUAG